CUUCUCUUAUCUAUGAGGUUCGCUUUCAAGAACAGAAUGGAAGAAGCGCCUUCUAGAAGAAACCCACCCGAGAAGAGAGAAAAGUAUCCAUUCUUCAGAUAGAGAGAGAGAGAGAGAGAGAGAGAGAGAGAGCAAUUUGAUCGUUUUGGUUUGAGUGCUGUAGGAGAUGUACAUAGCUUCUAUGAGAAAGUCCUUCAAAGACUCUCUCAAACUGCUCGAAGCUGAUAUCCAACAUGCUAAUACACUGGCGUCAGAUUUUCCAAGGGACUAUGAUGGUGCCUGCGUUCAGAUGAGAAUGUCAUAUAGCCCAGCUGCCCAUCUGUUUCUUUUUCUAGUUCAGUGGACAGACUGCCACCUUGCAGGCGCUCUUGGAUUGCUAAGAAUACUAAUUUAUAAGGUUUAUGUGGAUGGCACGACCACAAUGUCUACUCAUGAAAGAAAAGCGAGCAUUAGGGAGUUCUAUGCGGUUAUUUAUCCCUCUUUGUUGCAACUUCAGAGAGGCGUCACUGAUACAGAGGAUAAGCAACAGAAGGCAGCAUGCAUGGAAAGGUUCCGAAGAAGAGAUGAUGAAGAAUGUAGGCAACAUACAGAUGCUGACAUUGAAAGGGAAGAGGAGUGUGGAAUAUGCUUGGAGAUGAAUAGUAAGAUUGUACUGCCUAACUGCAACCAUGCCAUGUGCUUGAAAUGUUACCGGGAAUGGCGGACAAGGUCACAGUCGUGCCCCUUCUGCCGAGAUAGUCUGAAGAGAGUGAAUUCUGGUGAUCUCUGGGUGUUGACCGACAGAAGGGAUAUCGUAGACAUGGCGACAGUAAUGAGGGAGAAUCACAGAAGGCUUUUUAUGUACAUAGAUAAGUUGCCGCUGAUUGUUCCAGAUUCCCUAUACAAUUACGAUUCUCACCUUCGAUAGCCGUCAUCUUCCAUGGUGUUUAAAUCAAUAGUUUUGAAGAUAAUCCCAAAAGAACAAAUGCAAAAGGAAGUGCUCUGGAGUGGAGGAGUAAUUUUCUUCUCUUUUGUUUCCAUUACAUAAUUUCCACUGAACAUGAUUUGCAAAUUGCAAUUUCAGUGUUUUCUUCCCACCUCCGGUCAGAAGAAUCUGACCGAGUUAUUUAGUGAGUUGGCAAGGGGAGGUUUAGAUUAUAGAUAUGGAGAUGGGAUUCAUAAAUUGUAUCUAUAGCACUACUGUACAUUCUUGUAUAGAAAGGCUUUUAUUUUCUCCUCUCUUUCAAA